AUGGCUUCAAUUGCGCGCCAGUCGCCCCUCCUCCGGCAGUCCUGCCUGUCGGCCUUCCGCGCCCCUUGGGCCUCGAAGAAUGCCGCCGGCGUGUCGCAGGUCGUGGCCUUCCACGCCUCUGCCAACAAGCAGAUUCUGCCUCCUCUGCCUCAGUCCAUCCAGGGAACCAUGAACGACCCUGCUCCCAUUCCUCACCCCCACCCCGUCCACGGUAGCUACCACUGGACCUUUGAGAGACUCGUCUCGGCUUCCCUCGUCCCUCUCUGCAUUGCUCCCUUCGCCGCCGGCUCUGUGAGCCCCGUCUUGGACGCUGUCAUCUGCUCCGCUAUUGUCGUUCACUCUCACAUCGGUUUCGACGCCUCUAUCACUGAUUACUUCCCUGUCCGCCGUGUGCCCAAGACUGCCGCAUUCAUGAAGUGGCUGCUACGUGCCUUCACGCUCGGCACAGCCGUUGGUUUGUACGAGUUCGAGACGAACGAUGUUGGUGUGACGGAGGCUAUCCGCAGGGUGUGGAAGGCAUAAAUUCAGGGUGGUGUUCGUGUUUGAUGUUUGUUCUGUUUAAGGCGUUUUUGCCUAUGUAUAUGCUGUCUUCUUUUUUCUGGUAGACGCCAGUACUGGAAUCCUUACUACCCUGGAG